AGUUGAGAGAAUACGUGAGUGAAUUUCGUGCGCGCGCGCUCGGUUUUGUGCUACAAAGCAAGGACCACGUUCCGAUUCGAUUCGUUUGAUGCUUUUUGUUUACACCGGAGUUUCCCGAUUAUCCCCGGAACCGCCGCCUUCGUCGCCACUGCCGGCGGUUGAUGGAGUGAUCGUUUUCCUGCCGUGUUCGCGUUUCUUUCGUCGCUUCGUCUUCGUCGGCGUCGGUAAAGCAGAUAGUGAUUAAGGUGAAGCAGUGUGAAUAAAGGGGAGCUGCAGCAGUGCCGAGAAUUUUCCCGUUGAGGAUUACGACGACCCAGCGGGCUGAAAAAGGGGAGCCAUGAAGCGGCGCUGGUGGUGGCGUAUACUUUUGGUGUUCACCUUACUAGCGGUGGCAGUGGUCACGGCUCGGGCAGAUGAAAACUUGGACACCCGGGAAGGCGAAACCCUUACGCUCAAGUGCCGCUUCAGCGAACAGCAACCAUCCACCGAUUUCACGUACUACUGGGCCCGGUGGACAACGGCCAAUAAGUUUGACAAUGUGGCCAUCAACAGCGUGCAGCUCAACACUAAUUACAGAAUCGACUUUCGGCCUGAGAAGGGUGUCUACGAUUUGCACAUCACCAACACCUCGUACACCCGUGACAAUGGGCGCUUCGAGUGCCGAAUCAAGGCCAGCGGCACUGGGGCUGAUGUCCAUCAAGAGUACUACAAUCUCACGGUUCUAACACCACCACAGCCACCACUGGUGGCACCCGGAACGAUAGCCGUUGCCACCGAAGACAAGAAGCUGGAUCUGACCUGUAGCAGUAUAGGGGGCUCUCCGGAUCCGACGAUAACAUGGUACCGAGUGGGAUCCAAUAACCCACUGCAGGCACCAAUCAACAAGGGUGGCUCGAAGGAUCUACAAACGACGAGUACACUCUCGGUACUGCCCCGACGGGAAGAUGACGGGGCCAAGUACCGGUGUGUGGUGUGGAAUCGAGCCAUGCCGGAAGGACACCGCCUGGAGACGAUCGUCACGCUGUCUGUUAACUAUUAUCCAAGAGUGAAAAUCGGACCGGAAAAUCCACUGCGAGUAGAGCGUGACACAACUGCCAAGCUAGAGUGCUCAGUUGAUGCCAAGCCAAACGUUCCGAAUGUCCGGUGGACACGGAAUGGACGCUUCAUUAGUUCCUCCCGGACGCAUGCCAUCCAACGGGUUUCCGUCCAAGAUGCUGGAGAGUACGGCUGUUCAGCAGAUAACGGCUUGGGAAAGGUUGGUGAACAGGUAAUCACAGUGGACGUGCAGUACGCUCCCAUUGUGGUCAUCGAGUCAAAAACAUGGGAGGCUGAAGAACGCGAAACCGUUACCAUUCGAUGUAACGUUACCUCAAAUCCUCCACCCAUCUCGAUAGAAUGGUUCAAGGAGGGUAGCCCGGAUUUCCGAUACGCCGGAGAUAUACUACAGUUGCGUGAAGUAAAAGCUGAGCACGCUGGAACAUAUAUUUGCCGUGCGGUCAACAUGAUUAAACCGUACGGUGGAAAAAUGGCUGAGCGUAUCGGAAACUCAACGGUGGCACUACUGGUUCGUCACCGUCCUGGCCAGGCUUAUAUUAACCCAAGUAAACCGGUCGUUCAUGUGGGCAGCGGCGUGACGCUAACCUGUUCGGCAAAUCCUCCGGGAUGGCCUGUUCCACAGUUCCGGUGGUUCAAAGAUGCCGUUGGAGAGGUGUCUUCGAAUACGAUACUCGCUCAAGGACCACAGUACGUAAUUCCAAGGGCUCAUCUUGGAAGUGAAGGCAGCUAUCACUGCCACGCAGUUAACGAGCUGGGCCAUGGCCCAAUGGCUACCAUCAAACUUGAAGUGCACCAGCCUCCACAGUUUAUCGGUAAAAUGCAGCAACAUAUGACUAAACGAGUUGGGGAUAGUGACUUCUCUGCUAGCUGUCAUGCCAAGGGAAAGCCAAGGCCAACUGUCCGAUGGCUGAAGGAUGGUCGAGAUAUUACGACCGAUGCCAACAUGUAUCGGAUAAGCACCAGUAACAACGAUGGUCUAAGCGGAAUGGUAACGGUUCAAAGUAUGCUCGUAUUCCAAGGUAAAGCACGGCCUCAUAAAACUCAGCUACUACCAAGCGACCGUGGUACGUACACUUGCUUGUUCGAGAAUGAAGUGGCCACUGCAAAUGCCAGUAUGCACCUCCGCAUCGAACAUGGCCCGAUCGUCCUGCAUCAGUACAACAAGGUAGCUUACGAAAUCAAAGAAUCUGCCGAGGUCAUAUGCCGUGUUCAGGCCUACCCAAAACCGGAGUUCCAGUGGCACUUUGGUACCAACACAGCCGCCUUGUCCAUGUCAUCUGAUGGACACUACGAAAUCAACACAACCACCGACAACAACGAUAUCUAUACCACCGUCCUGAGGAUCAACAACCUAAAACAUCAAGACUACGGAGAUUACACUUGCCGGGUCGGUAACUCAAUUGAAACCAUCCGAGCUCCGAUCCGGUUGCAACCGAAGGGACCACCCGAAAAACCUACCAAUUUGCAUGCAGCUGACGUGGGAUCAAACUACGUAUCCUUAGUUUGGGACCCUGGUUUCGAUGGUGGUAUAAGCAAUACGAAGUUUUUCGUAUCGUACCGCAAAGUGGCCAUUCCACAUCACGAUCAGAUGAACGGUGACUGUGGCGUUAUCCAGCAGACCAGUUCGGAGUGGAUGGAGUUCGACUGCCAGCGCGAUGUCCCAUGCAGCGUAACCCCGCUGGAUCAGCACCAAAGCUAUGUGUUCAAGGUUAAGGCCUUCAACGCAAAAGGCAACUCGGAACCAUCGAAUGAAAUUGCCACAACAACCAAAGUAAGCAAAGUUCCUGCACCACUACACGUGGGAUACGAUCCGGAGACGCGCCAAUUGGGAGUCAAUGUGGGCGCUACGUGCCUGUCGCUGAUAGCGAUCGUCGAAUCGAUUGGCUAUCACGACAGUCCUAUAUCGACGUGGCAAGUAGUGCAGACGAUCCCACUAUCUGUAUCCGGCAGUAAGCCAACGUAUAAAGAAGAAGUAAUGGAUAAUAUGAUUACGGCCAGGAGGAGUAGCGCUCGGUCGCUAGGUGAAGAUGAUCUACCGAUGGCACUGGAAGAGGAAAUUCCUCCGCGGAUCAGGGCAAAGUUGUGUCUCAAAGGGAAUCACGAGCAUUGUGGAGACUACAUGGAUGCAGAGAUUGGUCCAGCGUACGUCCACGACUCAGCAUUCAUGGCAACACCUACAUUGAUUGCUAUCGUAGUAUCGUGUGUAGUAUUUGCCCUGUUUGUGGGGCUUCUUUUAAUGUUCUGCCGCUGCAAACGAAACCAUACCAAAAAGUCAACGACAGCUAAGGACUACGAAAUGGAUUCAGUGCGACCGUCGAUCGUAGCCCAGCAAAGUCAAGCUCCACCACCGUACUAUCCCACGACAGGACUUGACAAUAAAGCGCUGGAGCACUCUAUGGAUCUAGCCCUCGCGAUGGAAGACCAGAAAACAUCCGUCUACGCUACCCAAAACGGGUAUGGAUAUCACACGGGAAGCAGCUUGCAAGUGCCAAAUCACACCAUCGUUGGCCAAGAAUGGGUUACAAUGGGAUACGCAGAAAAUAGCUACGCAAAUUCAAACAACGGAGGGAGUGUCAAUUCGCAGGAUUCGAUCUGGCAGCUGAAGAUGUCGGCGGCGCAGGCUGCGGCCGCUGCCAACACUGGUACUCUGAUCUCUGCCCAGCACUACGCAGAACGACCUCCACCUGUGACGGCCACCACCAGCAGCGCGGCGGGAAUGUCCUACGGGUACGAUCCGUUGACGCAUCCGGCCUACGGUACGGUCGAAGAUUAUGCCAGCUAUCCACAUCUGGCGACGACGCCUAGUCAACACGGUGCAGAGGAUGAGUACCAGCACACGCUACGUCAGAGUCAGAAUCCCUCGCGGCAGGAGUAUUGCAGCGAUUCCUACGCAUCUGUACAUAAACCGAAGAAGCGAUUAGACCAACCCCAUCUAGAUUCAUCAUCAUAUCACGACGUAAGUGGACUACCUGAUCCCUACCUAGAGCACCAUCAGCUACACCAUCAUCAGGACCAGGAGGAUAGCAAAUCACUCCUUCAGCAGCAGCACCAGCAGCAGUUACAAGUCCAACAACAGCAGCAGCAGCAACAGCAGCAGCAACAGCAAAUGUCUCUUAACUACGAUGAAAACAUGGAAAGUGGCUACUCGACACCCAACUCGCGGAAUCGACGCGUGAUACGAGAGAUCAUUGUCUGAGAGCAGCCUAGGGUACGUUUCGCUAACGGAACGUGCCUGUGAAUCGUCUCCACAACUCCACCUUGAGCUAUAGUAGGAAGAAGAAGAAAAAUACCUUGCAAGACAAGCUAAGGCCCCUCCCCGCAGACUUGAAAAAUGAACACUUUUUGCUAUUAGGAUAGGACGCGAAACAAGCAAAAACCAAACCAACCAACCAACCGUGGUGUAUACUUAAGAAUUUAAACGAGAGCGGCAUUCGCGGCCCGCACGCUAGGAAAAUUAUUUUAGCGAAAAAGUAAUCGAAAACUUGUGGGGGGUGGCUCCAUUGUCCAGGUAUGCUCGCAGAACAAAUGGCGUGGCUAGUUCCGAAAGGGAUGGACUUGUGUUAUUGAUAAUGCAGAGCGCAGUUGGUAGUGCAGUGAAGUGCCCUUAGGAAAUAAGCAUGGCUAUGGUUCAAUUACGGUAAUGUACGCAGAU